AAUCAAAAUGCAAAAUCAAACCAAAUAUUCUCUAAUAAUUCUUAUGGUUUUUGUAUUCUUAAGAGUUGUCGCCUCUAAAGAUGUAAUCGCAGUGGUAACAGUGGAUCAACAGGAUUCAGUGGCACUCAAUGCUAUCAGAUAUGCAUUUAAAGAAUACAAGUCUCCAAACGGUAACCAAAUUAAAGUGAAAGAAGUGAUUCUUGGAGAAGAAGACAAUUCGACCACAAUUUGCGAACAAUUAUUUGCGGAUAAAUCGAUGCCAACAUUUGUCUUGGAUGUGACGGAAUCGGCACAAACAUCGCCUAAAGUAAAGAAUUUGGUGCGAGAGAUGGGAAUCCCAACCAUUUCUACCACAUAUCAGUUGGGAUCAGGAAUACUAAACUGGAGAAAUCUGGACGACAAUGAAAAGCAGUAUUUGAUUCACGUUAACCAACCCGGAGAUACCAUUCCCAUUAUG